AAGAUGCUUAACGUAGGGUAACACACUUCAGUUACCCUACUCAGACAUGAGUUUUUCAACCACUAAAAUCGCACACCCGGACAUUUCUGUGUUCCUCCCACUUCGUUGAACUUCACUUUUUUUUUGUUUCUUUGUUGUUGUUGUUGUUUCCAACAACUUCGACUUCAGCAGCAAUUUCCUAACGAAGCUGAUCCAAAUGGGUUAUCAAAACACUCUUUACGUCUCUGGCUUCAGCAGAGAUACCAAGGCGAAGGAUUUGGCUCCAAUCUUUGAAAAAUUUGGACCAGUGGAAAGAAUUGAUCUUCCUCCAACAAAAUCUAUAAGAUUCCCUCCUUACGCCUUUGUGGAGUACAAAGAGUACAAAGAUGGUGAGGCUGCACUUGCAGAGCUGAACGGGAAGCCUAUGAGCGCUGUUACUGAAACCACCGAUGCCGAUGGUGAUGAAAUGGACCAAGGAUCCGAUAGUGCAGCAGACACCUUAAAGAUUGAAUGGGCCAAAUCUGAACCACACCCACCAAGACGCUAUGGAGGUCCACGUCGUCGUUAUGAUGACGAUUAUAGAAGAGGUGGUUACAGAGAUUAUCCACCAAGAAGGGACUAUGGACGUUAUGACGAUAGAAGGGACUAUGACCGUUAUGACGACAGAAGAGGAGGCCCAGGAGAUUUCAGGGACGAUAGAAGAGGGGAGCCAAGAGAUUACAGAGGCUUUGAUGACAGAAGAGAAAGCUCAAGGGAUUACAGAGAUGAUUACAGAUCAAGAGAUGACUACAGAUCUAGAGAUGAUUACAGAUCAAGAGAUGAUUACAGAUCAAGAGAUGACUACAGAUCAAGAGAUGACUACAGAAGAGAUGAGAGAAGGGAUGCUUACAGAAGGGAUGCUUACAGAAGGGAUGACUACAGAAGAGACGACAGAAGAGACUAUUACAGAAGGGACGAGUCCAGAAAGGAUAACAGAAGUGAUUCAUACACCAGAAGAGACGACAGAGGUGACGACAGAGGUGACGAAAGAACCGAAGAUCAAGACCCUGGCUCCAGAAGAAAUUCUACAGGCGAUGUCCAUGAAGAUGAUCGCAACCGUGACAGAUCCAGAUCCCCAAUAAGAGAAUGAAACUACUCCUUUUUGUAACCUAGUUUAUCACACUCCAUAUAAACUACUACAUAAUCAAUCUUAAAAUGUAUGUCUGUCAUAUUUCAUUUGCAUAUAGUAUAAACGUAUUGGUUGGCACCAG